UCAUCAAGAAACCUAGAGAGAGAGAGUAAUGAUUAAUGAGUGAGUGAGAGAGAGAGAGAGCGCUUCAAAAUACAAAAAACAAAAUUGGAGAUUGUUUUGUAAAAAUGGAGAAUAUGUAUGAUAAUAAUAUGGUACCACCAGGAUAUAGGUUUUAUCCAACAGAAGAAGAAUUGGUGGAAUUUUAUCUGAGAAAUAAGCUUGAAGGAAAAAAAAACGAUGACAUUCAACGUGUUAUACCAGUUAUUAAUAUUUAUCAUCACAAUCCAUCUGAACUUCCAGAAAUGGCAGGAGAAGUCAUAAAACGUGACACUGAGCAAUGGUUUUUCUUCAUUCCAAUUCAAGAUAGGGAAGCUAGAGGAGGGAGACCUACUAGACUUACAACACAAGGAUAUUGGAAAGCUACUGGUACUCCUGGAUAUGUAUAUUCAUCAAAUAAUAAAAUUAUUGGAGGCAAAAGAACAAUGGUUUUCUAUAAAGGAAGAGCUCCAAAUGGGAAGAAGACACAGUGGAAGAUGAAUGAGUAUAAAGCCAGUGUUGGAGAAGCUUCAGUAGCCAAUAAUGUUUCAAAUUUAAAGUUGCAGCAUGAAUUCAGCUUGUGCAGAGUCUACAAGAAAUCAAAAUGUGUUAGGGCAUUUGAUAGAAGGCCAGCUGGUUCUGGUAUUAAUGAAGGAUUAUUAUUACCCCCUCAUCAACCAAUAAAUCUUGAUCAUGAUCAUCAGGCUGCACCAUCAACUUACCAGAAUAAUGAUAAUCGCAUUAUUGGAACAAGUUCAUUAGAAAGUUCAUCAUCAGGAGAACACAAUGGUGAAAAUUCACAGCCGGUGGGAAGUUUAGAUGAUUUGUCUGAAAACAUAUGGGAUUUUGACUGGAAUUAUAUUUAACAGUGAGAAUAAAGUUGUUUUAGCUAGGGUUAACUCCCUCAUCAAAAGUAGAACAUGGAAUAAAUCCUAUGAUUUUAUGUUGUUGUGUUUUUACUUUCUAGGGUUCAAGUAUGUAUGAUGAGUUGAUGGACUAGCUGGGGUUAAAUAAUUCUAAAUAAAUUAAUCUAUCAAUUCUUAGAUCCCAAAGUUUAGAAAUUGUACUCUUUUGUAAUUAGGUAGAAGGCUGGUAUAUUCUUGUAGUUUAUUGUUCUUCGAUUUCUGUGACUACCUGUGGUUGUUUUUUCUUAUAUUUUGAUUAUAGUAUUAUUUGGUUGUAGUUAUUGUUUUCUUUCUCAGAAUGUUCUGUGAUCA